UUUACAAUACGCGUUGUGUGCAAUAUGCAAACUCCAACGAUAGCCCAGCUAUGUGGUCCAGACCCGGGAUGACUUGUUAGGAGAGUAACAUCCUAAACGGCUAAACCUGAAGCAAGAUAUUAGCAGCUAGGGUCGUGACGUCGUGUCCUACACAGCUACACCCCCUUAAGAUUGUACCGUACUCAUGUGUUUUUCCACUUGCACCUAGCCCUCUUUGGUUUUAAAGUGGAGCAUUGGAGAAAACUACGGUUUUGCAGAAUACUUUAGUUUUGUUAAAAAUGUGUAGUCUUUCGGAGUUUUUAGUGACUCACUCAUGACCUCUUUUUUCAAAACCACGGUUUUGUAUCUCUUUGGCUUAUAAUACCACAAUUUUCAAAAAGUACAUCCAAACAAGGCCAUAUUUGGAUAUUGUGGUUUUGAGAAAUUGUAGUAUCAGCUGUCAACAAACUACGAUUUUAGAACAAGAUAUGCACAAACCUUGGUUUAGAGAGGUGUGGAGUUUCUAAAGUUUUAGCAGUAUCAUGGUUUCCAGAACUAAAAACAUGAUUACAUCCAAACAAGUUGUUGAAUAAGAACUCACAUGACAUGACCAGCAGAGCCACCGGUUCAUCGAGUUUGCCGGCCUGUUUACUUGAGCUUAUCUGAGAGCGGGCAAACUCGAAAGCUGAACCGGUGGCGCCGUGCUGUGCGUAUUCCUUUGCCUUCGUAGCUGCCGGAUAGUUAAAUUCUCUUUGCAGCUGCUGACUAUGUAUAUUCUGUUUUGUGGUAACGUGGAGAGGAUGUCACUCCACACCAUUAUCAAGAACAAAACAAGCAGCUAGAUUUCAUCAACUUGUUUCAUCUUCUGACUACCCCUCUCGCCUCUGUUCCCCGGCAUGACAAGCAUGGAAUCGUUUCAUGUGAUCCUGGCGAACAGUUGACUUGCCGAGAGACUUGAUCCAUGAAAAGCCAUGCUUGGUUGUAACGACACUCUUGUUAAUUCAGAGACAGACAAUGGCGCAUUGCACCCCCCCUCACUACAAAAGAGGCCACUCUACACACCGUGCCAGUCACAUUCUCAGCGUGUCCACCUUCACCUAUCAUCGUCGUCUCAUCUCCGGUUUCCGCCGCCGGCCGCGGCAGGCACCCAAACUGAAGAUGGCGUCCUUCCGGCGAUUCGCCGUGGCCCUGCUCGCCGCCUCCUUCCUCGUGGCGGCAGUGGGUGCCCAGCCGAUGGACCCUAACCAACCGAAAAACCCCUUCAUGUCAGACCCCAACGUGAUCCCCGUCUACCCCCCGACCUACGUGAGCUGCUACAACGACACCCAUGGGCGGCAAGGGUCGGAGCCCACGUGCAACGUCCUCGCGCUCCGGUGCCCUCGCGGCUGCCGGGACACCUGCUACGUCCACUGCCCGUCCUGCAAGCUCAUCUGCCUGUGUGAGCUGACCGGCACGGAGUGCUACGACCCGCGCUUCGUCGGCGGCGACGGCAACAAGUUCCUCUUCCACGGCCGCAGGGACGCCGACUUCUGCCUGGUGUCGGACGCCAACCUGCACAUCAACGCGCACUUCAUCGGCAAGCGCAACGGCGGCGACGCGGGCGUGGCGGCGCGGGACUUCACCUGGGUGCAGGCGCUGGGCAUCCGCUUCGGCGGCCACCGCCUCUACGUCGGCGUGCGGAGGACGGCCACCUGGGACGACGCCGUGGACCGCCUGGCCAUCACCUUCGACGGCGCGCCGGUCACGCUGGACGCCGGCGUGGCCGGCGCCAGCUGGAGCAGCCCCACGUCGUCGUCGUCGGCGGCGGCGCCCGCGCUGUCCAUCUCCCGCACGGGCCCCGCCAACGGCGUGGUGGUGCGGCUGGACGGGGUGUUCCGGAUCGUGGCCAACGCCGUGCCGGUGACCGAGGAGGACUCGAGGGUGCACGGGUACGGCGUGCGACCCGAGGAGGACGGCAGCCUCGCGCACCUCAACGUGGCGUUCAAGUUCUACGCGCUCACCGCCGACGUGCACGGCGUGCUGGGCCAGACGUACCGCCCGGACUACGUCAGCGCCGCCGGGGUCGACGCCGGCGCUAGGGUCCCCGUCAUGGGCGGCGCCGGUAGGUACCAGGUGUUCGGCGGUAUCUUCGCCACGGACUGCGAGGUCACGCGGUUCGCUGCUGGCGAGGACGAUGGGCCCGCCGUGGGCGGCAUCAUCGAGGAGCACACCGACGCGCUCUGCGGCAGCGGCAAGGUCACCACUGGCCUGGUCUGCAAGAAGUGAUGAGGCCGGUGAUGGAGCUCCAAUCCAGCAGGGCCGGCCGCUGGUGUAGUGUCUUUUGCUUCAUCCAGUCACGUGUCUAAUUGUGUACGUACGUGCUGACAUAUAUAGCUGCUGCAGCUGCGAAGUAGUAGUGGUUCUAUAUGUAUGGCGAUCGACCGAAUAAAAGACACUGACGUGUCUCGUGUUAGUGUCGUGUGGGCAACACUGGAAAAUGCCGUGUUGCUCUGAUGUCGCAAGUGUAGUGCUGCAGUGCCAGGCUAGGAUAGGAUCCGCAUGGUUAAAUUCCUGUGGAUCACAUAAUCCUAGCUACUUUGAUUCUCGUGUUUUCAUUCGAAUGAAUGAAGUUCUCUAAAUUAAGAAGACACCUUUUACGUUGAAGAAAAAAA